AUGAGUUCCAAGAGAAUGAAGCAAUCAAAAGACCCAUUCGAAGCCGCAUUCGAGGAAUCACCACCAGAAUCCCCAAUCGAAACCGAACCAGACCCAGACGCCGACACCGAAAUUCCACCUUCCAGUUCCCUGAUUUCCCAAACCAAUAACGCCCCCGAAGAAGACAAUCAAUUCAAAAACACCACCUCCGGUAACAACGCUACAACCGCCAAGAAUAAAGACGAAGAUGACGAUGAAGAAGAAGAUAACAUGGAUGUUGAACUUGCUAAAUUUCCUACCGCUGGUGAUCCUCACAAAAUGGCUAAGAUGCAGGCUAUUUUGUCACAAUUCACUGAAGAACAAAUGAGUAGAUAUGAGUCAUUUCGUAGGGCUGGGUUCCAGAAAGCUAAUAUGAAACGGUUAUUAGCAAGCAUCACCGGGACCCAGAAAAUCUCUAUACCAAUUACGAUUGCAGUAUCAGGGAUUGCAAAAGUGUUUGUGGGUGAAGUUGUUGAAACAGCUAGAAUGGUUAUGAAGGAGAGGAAAGAAUCUGGACCAAUCCGGCCAUGUCAUUUGAGAGAAGCACAUAGACGACUAAAGCUUGAAGGAAAAGUCUUCAAGAGAACAACCUCGAGGCUAUUUCGGUAA